AACGAUUGACCCGGAAUUGAAAGUGUACCAUCAGUAGUUAUUGAAUUUAAAGUCAUGGCGCAAUACAAAGGAGCAGCCAGCGAGGCUGGACGAGCCAUGCAGCUGAUGAAAAAGCGUGAAAGAGAACGAGAACAACUGGAGCAGUUGAAGCAAAAAAUUGCAGAGGACAAUAUGGUGAAAGCCAAUAUUGAUAAAAAGUUCUCAGCUCAUUAUGAUGCAGUGGAACAAGAACUCAAAUCCAGCACAGUGGGUCUAGUGACUCUUAAUGACAUGAAGGCAAAACAAGAGGCCUUAGUCAAAGAGAGAGAAAAGCAGCUGGCUAAAAAGGAACAAUCCAAGGAAUUGCAACUGAAACUAGAAAAGCAAAAAGAGAAGAAACGGAAAGAAGAACAGAAGAGAAAGAUCGCUAGUUUAUCAUUUAACCCUGAUGAUGGAGAAGAUGAGGAUGAGGAUGAGGAUGACAACGACAACGACAACGAGGAUGGGGAAGAGGAGGAGGACUACUUUCCAGUGAAGAAGAAGAAACUGGGGAAGAAUCCGGAUGUCGACACCAGCUUUCUACCAGAUAGAGACAGAGAGGAAGAGGAGAAUCGUCUGAGAGAGGAACUACGACAGGAGUGGGAGGGGAAGCAGGAGAAGAUCAAAAAUGAGGAAAUUGAAAUCACCUUCAGCUACUGGGAUGGCUCAGGUCACAGAAAGACUGUCAAGAUGAAGAAAGGCAACACCAUUCAGAACUUCUUACAAAAGGCACUGGAAAUCUUGAGGAAAGAUUUCAGUGAGUUAAGGUCAGCUGGAGUGGAGCAGCUCAUGUACAUCAAAGAGGAUCUGAUCAUUCCCCAUCACCACAGUUUCUAUGACUUCAUAGUGACAAAAGCCAGAGGCAAAAGUGGACCUUUAUUCAGCUUUGAUGUUCACGAUGACAUCCGGUUGAUAAAUGAUGCCACUGUAGAGAAGGAUGAGUCUCAUGCAGGUAAAGUGGUCCUGCGAAGCUGGUAUGAGAAAAACAAGCACAUCUUUCCCGCCAGUCGAUGGGAGCCGUACGACCCAGAGAAGAAAUGGGAUAAAUACACGAUCCGGUGAUAAAUCUCCCUCCAGUAUCAACAUUGUGUUACAUGCAUAUUUCAUAUUCACAAUAUCAAAACAUUUUAUUUUCCAUCUCCAGUGCUCAGAGAAGGGGGGCCUUCUCUUGAGGGGACCUUGAAUUGUUUUAAAAAUGUAUAUAAUCAUUAACCAGAGUACCAAGUUUUUGAGUUCUUAUAUUAAUUGAACUGUAUUUAGUUGCAGCUGAUGGUGUUGUCAAUAAAAUAUUACAAGCUG